AUGGUAAUCAACAUGGGGUUUCCUUCGGAUGGUGAAGCCAACCAAGGAUGGAAGUUGUACUUGACAUCACUUAUCAUGGUUCUGAGCGCUGGAAUCAUCGUCGCUGUCAGAGUCGUGACACGGUUUCGGGCCGUCAUGCUAGGCGCUGACGACUAUACCAUAGUGGCGUCUCUUGUUCUCUCCAUUGUUCUAUCCGUCACUAUUCAACUGGCUGUGGUUAACGGCUACGGUCAGCACAAACGCGACCUCUCAAAAGAAGAAUUGCGGACUUGCCUUUGGUUCUUUUGGAUUGCGCAAACGCCGUACAAGAUCGUGGUUUGCCUUAACAAAACGUCCAUCAUCUUUCUUUAUAUGCGUAUCUUUAUAUCGCGGCACUUCCGAUGGCUCUGUUAUAGCACACUGGCGAUUGUACUUGGUUCAGGUGUAGCGACAAUAUUUGCAACCAUCUUCCAGUGUGUACCAAUCGAGCGGUCAUGGAAUAAGACUAUUGAAGGGUCAUGUAUCGAUAGCUCGAAGUUCUGGUUAGCAAACGCGAUACUGAACAUUUCGACGGACGUUAUCGUUUUGGCACUGCCGAUCCGCGAAAUCUUCAAAUUGCAGCUCAAGUUGCAAGAGAAGAUCAUGCUGUGUAGUGUGUUCUUGCUUGGUGGAUUUGUCACGAUAACAUCAACCCUCCGAGUUACCGCCGUCGCCAAUAGCGUUCACAAUCAACAAGACCAAACCUGGAACUUUAUCCCGCGGGGUAUCUGGACAUUGGUCGAGGCGAACCUUGGCAUCAUCUGCGCAUCCUUGACUGUGCUAAGGCAAGUGGCAAAGCGUACACUUGCGUCCAUGUCCCGAUGGUCUAAGUCGGACAAAUAUAAUCACGGGUGUCGAGGCAGUGGCGCUACAAGCCAUGCGAAUGGAAGUACAGGGCGAAAUGCUACGAACAUCAUAACUCUCCAGCAUUUUGAACUUGAUGAAACAGUUCAAGAUGACGAUACAAGCAUCAAUAUUCAUGUGAAGAUAGGCGCGGAAGCGAGGAAAGAUACAUCAUGCAAGUCGAUUGCACGGACGGACAUCGUAGCUAGAUCAGUGCAGAGAGCCUGCAAUAUCUAUGGGUCAUAA